AUGGAGCCACUAGUAACAAAAGGUACUGGCUUCAGUAUGAAGUCUAUUGAAACAGGUACAGAAAUAGAAAACUUAGGAACCAAACAAGAUACAACAUUUUCACACCCAUCAUUUAAGAAGGUACCUUCAUACUUAAUGUCGCGAUUUACAACACUCUGUCCGUCUAGAAAAGAUUUUAUGGAAAUAAAUUUAUCUGAAAUGUUAAACCCAUUCCAUUCAUUAGGGGAAUUAAAUGGUAGACAGUGGAAUUUUUUUUUGGUUGGAUUUCUGGCAUGGGUCCUCGAUCUGUUCGACUUCUUUUGCAUCAGUUUGAAUGUGCCAAGAUUGGCCGAGGAUUUGGACAAGUCAAUAGCAGAUAUAACUUGGGGAAUCACUUUGGUUUUAAUGUUGAGAUCUGUGGGAGCAAUUAUCUUCGGUAUUUGGGCUGAUAGAUAUGGUAGGAAAUGGCCAUACAUUGUGAAUGUUAUAUUGUUAAUUAUUUUGCAGCUAGGGUUGGGAUUUAUUCAAACAUACAAACAAUUUCUUGCCGUUAGAGCAUUGUUUGGGGUUGCAAUGGGUGGUAUAUAUGGCAAUUGUGUAGCUUGUGCAUUAGAUGAUUGUCCGCCCAAAGCUAAAGGUGUUCUUAGUGGGAUUUUUCAAGAGGGGUAUUCUGUGGGGUAUCUAUUGGCAGUCAUUUUCCAAAGAGCAAUUGCCGAUACCACUAUCCAGAAUUGGAGAUCUCUUAUUUGGUUCAGUGCUGGAUUAGGUGUAUUAUUAGUAUUAUGGAGACUUAUAUUACCUGAGACAGAUGCAUUUAUCCAACAGCAACUUAUUCAAAAAGAAAAAAGGGGAAAUUUAAAGCUGCAACUAAAAAACUUAAGAAUAUUAGUGAAACUGCAAUGGUUGUGUUUUGUUUACAUUGUAUUAUUGAUGGCUGGUUUUAACUUUAUGUCUCAUGGUUCCCAAGAUUUGUACCCUACCCUAUUAACAAAGCAAUACAAUUUUAGCAAUGAUCAGUCUACAGUAACAAAUGUAGUUGCUAAUUUGGGUGCAAUCUUUGGAGGGAUUUUGUUUGGCCAUGCAUCAAACUAUAUCGGUAGGAGAUUGACAGCCAUCAUAGCGUCCAUAUUAGGUGGUGCCAUGAUAUAUCCCUGGGCUUUUAUAAACGGUAAAGCCAUAAAUGCUGGUGCAUUUUUCCAGAAUGUUGGAAUGCAAGGUGCAUUUUCAGUGGCACCAGUGUAUUCGACAGAAUUAUCAAUUCCUCGGUAUAGAGCCUUCAUUGUUGGCAUUGGUUAUCAAUUAGGCAACUUAUGCUCUAGUGCUAGCUCUACCAUAGAAGCAACCAUUGGUGAAAGAUUCCCAAUAAAAACUUCAUCAUCGGAGGCACUGUAUGAUUAUGCAAAAGUAAUGAGUAUAUUUAUGGGAUGUGUCUACGGAUAUAUAAUUUUAGUUGCAUAUCUAGGGCCUGAAACAAGGAAUACUGGGUCAAGUUUAAGCAAUAAAUCUUUUGACGAGCUGGAUCCUAAUGUAUAUGGUAUUGAACAGAAAGCAUAG